AUGGAUCUUUUCUAUCAAGGAACCCUACAGGAUGGAAUUGCUCUCGCCAUGAGAGAAUCUAAAGCUGUCGUCUGCUUUGUCCGAGAUGACGGAGAGCUGAGCACGACAUGGGAGAAUGAAUAUUUUAACGAUAAUGAGUUUGCGCAAGCCCUCAGCACCCAGGCGGUUGUAUUGCGCCUACAAGCAGGUAGCCCAGAAGCUGGGUUCCUGACGUCGUUCUGUCCAGUCGAAUCUUUUCCCACUGUCGUGGUUAUCAAUCAUGGCACCUUGUAUGAAUACAUAACAGUAGGGACCCCCAAGCCUCUCUUUCGUAUACGCCUGCUAGCGGCUACUUGUGGAAACAAUCUGCCUCUAUCUGAAAACCCGCUGGAUACCGCUGCAGCUGAAAGUAUCGAACCUACUUCUACCUCGAGUGCUCCACCCGUCAUAUCCAGUGCUCCUCCUGUGAUAUCCAGUUCGCCAGGACAAUAUCAGUCGCCUCAAAAUAGUCGACCGUCAAUCCCUACGGCGCACGAACUUCGAGACAGUGUAAAUAAGCACGUUUCAAAGAAAGAUGAAUCCGAAAAACCUCCCACGGUCAAGCAACAGCCACCAAAAGAAGACCAGCCCCAGAAGCCCGUCACUAAAAACCAAAAUAAAGGCAAAGCACCUCAAAGGCCUGUAAAAGCCGAAUCUAGUAGAGCUAUUGUGCCCCCUCACGAGAAGGAGAAGCCUCAAUUUUCAGCUCCUCGAGGACCGCCAACGCAAUACAGACUUCAAGUGCGACUAUUCGAUGGCAGCUCAGUUCGAUCCAACUUCUCACCCACUCAAACAAUUGGGAGUGACGUGCGACGUUGGCUUGAUGAACAAAUGGCCGAUGAGCAACGCCCAUAUAACCUAAAACAUAUCUUGACUCCUCUUCCCAGCCGAACACUAUCAUUCAGCGAAGAAUCCCAGGCACUCCGAGAUCUGGGUAUCGGUUCAACUGCAAACCUGGCCAUGGUACCAGUACAAACAUACACGAGUGCAUAUGCUUCAGCAGGUAGCUUACCUGUGCGCGGUGUGUCCGCUGUCUAUAAUAUGGUCUCUUCCGCUGCGGGAGCAGCCACCGGCCUUGUGGGCUCGCUCUUGGGGUAUGGCUCGAAUCCAGCGCCGAAUGAGUCGAAUGCUUCUGAUACUGCGCCUGCACCAUCGCCUGCGACUACUCAGCGAACUCGACCCAGCGGGCUUAAUAUUCGGACGCUCAGAGACCAGCAGAAUGACCGGGAUGACAGACAGUUUUACAAUGGGAACCAGCUGAAUUUCGAACCUCGGAGCCAAGAUAGCAAGAAUGAUUGA